AUGUACUCGAACGCAGGAGGGAUAGGUUGGCUAAGCGGUAAUGGUAGCAAGUGUAGGGGAUGGAGAUGGCCGUUGAAGUUCAGAAGAGUAACAACCUUGAGCAAAGACCAAACGAUCCACGUUCGUAUUGCAAGCGUUGAUGCACCCGAGAUAUCGGUAGUCACACUUCCGCCACCGUUUCUCCCAGGCUGGAGUCUCUCACUUGAGAUGCUCCGGGCCGGGACGGGCCUGACCUACGAACAAGCGGGUGCGGAGUACGGGAAGUACGGGAAGGAUGAGUUUUUGAGAGUUGAGACUGAGGCGCGAGCCGCGCGCAGAGGCAUGCGGAAAGACGGUACAGCGGGGGAAACACCAGCGCAGUAUAAACGGCGACCUCAGGCGGAAGCGAAUUUGGAUGCCGAUUGUCUGUUGAUAGACAGGACCAGGUGGUCCUGUCCCGUUCCAUCACGUUUGUCCGCCGCAAAGUGA